CCAACCACUACCUGUAAACCAGAAUUAAUAAUUUCUACAAAGCUCUCAAUAAAAACAUGAAAAAACCAUCAACAUUUCAUCUCAUCUUUCUUCUCUCAUUCAUCACAGCUUCCUCCGCCGUCAGCCGCCGCGAUCAUAGCCGGAAACUGCUCAACUUUCCCGGCAUGUCUUGGGGACCCAACGGAAAUGGAGGUGGGAACCCCACUGGCGGCUAUGGCUCUUCCCAUGGCCCUAAUUGGAACUAUAAUUGGGGUUGGGGGUCCAGCCCAGGGAGUGGCUGGGGUUACGGCUCAGGUUCAGGCCGACCCUCAAACGGGUUCGGAAAAGGUUAUGGAUAUGGAUUUGGAUCAGGAUCGGGAUCAGGCUCGGGAUGGGGAUAUGGAAGCGGAGGUGGUGGUGCCCAUGGUGGUGGAUAUGGGUUCGGAAGUGGCUAUGGCAACUCUGAAGGUGGCGGGAAUGGCGGCGGAUACAGCCGUUCGAGUGGUACCGAAUAUCAUUCCACCACUAAUUCGAAGGAUAAAAACAAGCCCUAGUAAAAAAAAUAUGUCGAUAGACAUAUAGGAUAAUAAUAAUAAUAUAAAUUUGUAAGAGAUUAGUCGUAUCUAUCUCUAAUAUCAUUAUAAUAUAUAGUUUAUAAGCUAGCUUAAUUAA